GACGACGACUGGAGCAACAGAGCAGCGUUGACUUAUUUUCUGCCGUCCGGAUUUAUGUGUUUGUGUGUGUGCGUGUUUGGUGUGCACUCAUAAAAUCUUCCGAGAAGACUUUUCCCAUUCUAGAAAUGGUGCGUGUGGUAAUGUUUUUAUGAUAUGAAUGGCGAUGAUGCCUGGAGAAAGCUGUUUAAAGGAACGUUCUAUCAAAAUAAAUCCGGAUUGUUAACGGCUAAUUGUUUGAUAAAACCGGAAACUAUCGGGACGGUGCGUUUAGAUUUAGAGGCAGUAUCGGGGUUGCAUUAAAACUCGACUUUAUAAAAGUACUGUGUGAGUGUCUAGGAAUAAGGUGCAGUGGAAAUUUCUCUAACAACUUGAAAUGCAGUUUUAAAAUUCCCAGAAAGCUACAGGAAAACACGUUACUAAAAGUAAAUUGUGAAUUUAAACAUCAAAUUUUUCAAUUAAUAUUUGCAAACUUUGCAUCCGCACUGCCAGCGUGCUUAUAUUGGUGAAAUAUUAUCUGCAUUGUCCGGAUUCGACAAAUCGAAACCCAAAGGAGAACCGACAAAGUAAUAACACAGUAGUCGACAGCUGCAUCUACUAUCAGUGCACUUGAUUUGCAUAGGAGGGCAUCUUCUGAAUGGAUGGAUUCUCGCACGGACUCAGCCGAUGGCCAUCAGUCAUCAGAUGCAGUGUAGUGAAUUCUAAGUGAAUUUCGAAAUUUCUUCAACGAGCUUAUUGUGAUUUUACAAAAAAAAACUUUUAGUGAACUGUAUGAAUCGUGUAAACAGCCCCAACCUCGAAGUGUAAAAAAAUCGUGAAAUUACACUAGAACUCUAAGUGUGGAGCAACCCUCAGGGCGUUUGAAUGUACGCAAUGGACGACAAAAACUCGUCCGGCAGUGGGGGCGGAACGAGUGGCAGCGGCGGUGGCAGCGAGACGAAAGUCAUCUAUCACAUCGACGACGAAACAACACCCUACCUGGUCAAAAUCCCGCUGCCGUCGGCCCAGGUAACGCUGAAGGAUUUCAAACUGGUGCUGAACAAACAGAACAUCAACUACAAGUACUUCUUCAAGUCGAUGGACGCCGACUUCGGCGUCGUGAAGGAGGAAAUCGCGGACGACUCCACCAUACUGCCAUGCUUCAACGGGAAGGUCGUGUCCUGGCUGGUGACGGCCGACGGUUCCAACCAGUCCGACUGCUCGGAAAUGCAACCGACGGAGAUGAUCGACGGUAGACCGACGCUUGCCCAGCUGCGGACCAUGAAUAAACCGAUGAACAAUAUAAUGAAUAUCCCGAUGAACCCGCUGACGUAUCAAUCCGCUUCGGUUGUUUCCAGCGAUCUGGAUUCGACCAGUUUGUUCGAAACGGAGAGUGAAAUCACGCUGGACAGGGAUAUGACUGAAUGCAGCAGUGUGCAGAGGUUACAGGUGCGGAAAAAACCUCAACGACGCAAAAAACGAGCACCGUCAAUGUCUCGAACCUCCUCCUAUAGUUCCAUCACCGAUUCGACUAUGUCGCUGAACAUCAUCACAGUACAGAUCAACAUGGACACGGUGAACUUCCUGGGGAUAUCGAUCGUUGGACAGUCGAACCGCGGUGGCGACGGUGGUAUCUACGUAGGAAGCAUUAUGAAAGGCGGUGCUGUUGCGCUCGAUGGUCGUAUCGAACCGGGCGACAUGAUAUUACAGGUAAAUGAUGUAAACUUUGAGAACAUGACGAACGACGAGGCGGUUCGGGUUCUCCGAGAAGUGGUCCAAAAGCCCGGACCCAUCAAACUAGUUGUUGCCAAAUGUUGGGAUCCAAAUCCCAAAGGAUACUUCACGAUCCCCCGCACUGAACCGGUUCGUCCGAUCGAUCCAGGCGCAUGGGUAGCACACACGGCCGCCCUACGCUCACAGGACACAAUCAACACAGAUCUUCCCGAAUCCGUGCUCGAACGGCUACACGUCGACAUGGAUAUGAAAGACAUCGUACGUGCAAUGACCAAACCAGAAAGCGGUCUCGAAAUCCGGGACCGAAUGUGGCUUAAAAUCACAAUUCCUAACGCAUUUAUCGGCGCUGACGUCGUCAAUUGGAUCCUGGAAAAUGUCGACGGCAUCGGUGAUCGACGGGACGCCCGCAAGUACGUUUCGCUGAUGCUGAGGCGGGGCUACAUCAAGCACACCGUCAACAAGCUGACCUUCUCCGAGCAGUGCUACUACGUGAUCGGCAACGGCAUACGGCAGGACAUCUCCAACAUGUCGCUGGACGAUACGGAGAGUAUGCUCAGCGAUAUCGCCCCGCUGCCGAAUCCGCCGAUCUACAUGACCUACUCGGGCAACUACAACCCAUCGCACGGCUACCAGCCCAUCCAGUACGGGUGCACCGGCGAGCGGCAUCCGUCGUCCGGCUCGAGCAGUUCCGAUAUCCUCACCAGCAAGGAUACGUCCGCGUCGCAGAGCGACCUGGCGGCCGUCAUCCAGCAGACGAACCAGAUGACGCUUGCGAACGCGUCGAACAAAUCGUCCGGAUCCUCGAACCGCGGUAAUGAGCAAGAUAUGUCAGAGUUUAAGAUCGGUGGUGGUGGAUGCGGCGGCGGCAGCGGUGGUGGCAGUGGCGGCGGAAGCAUCCUGAUUCGUGGUUCCACCGGUAAGCAGCAACCGCUGUAUCCGAACCAACAGCAACACCAGCAGCUGAACAGUGGCAGUGCCAACGACGACGAGGGCUACGAGGACAGCCUGUACUUCCAGCCGACGCGAACCCUGCGGAAGGAACAGCUGACGAACAUCUACCAGAACAACAAUGUCAAGUAAGCGAGAGGUGAGGUUGCUUAAGGGGGCCUGUAAGUGUUUAGAACAGGAAAAAAGACUGAACAAGAGCUGAACAAUCAUGCGAGUGUACAGGGGACUGUUGACUGUUGAAUUGAAAGCAACUGUUUGUGGGAAAAGACCACAAAGACGGAAUCGUUUAAUAACGAUGAUUUUUGGACGAAUGUUAAAGUUUAGUCGAUUGACGCGUUUUCACCACGUUUUUAAUUUACGCAAUUUAUGUAUAGUUCUACAAACUACAUUUUUUGAAGCUCAAGUAGGUUCGAUAAUAAGUAACUAGACCAGCUUUUAGAUGUUUUAAAGCCUUCAAUUAAAUUGGUUUCGAAAUUUUAUUUUAACCUUUUCAACAAUCUUUCUUUGCAUUGCAUAUUCAAGGUGCUGAAGUAAUUUUAUGUGAAUAGUUGAUUUAAAUUGUUUAAGUUAGUUAAAGUACCUUGAACACUUGACUCCAAUUAAUAAGGAGUUAUAGACUAGCAAAUCAGCUUCCAUUAUUACAUAGGUCAUUUUUUCAGUACAGAACCAUCUCCGAUUCAGUUAAAAAUCUUCAUAUUAGAAUGACAAAAUACGUGGUUUUAAAUUGAUAGCUGGCCAUUUUGAUUCAGAGAAUGGACUCAAACAGGAAAUAGGUUUAUUAAACCUAUAGCGAAUUUCUUGAUUCCACCAGCCCACCUCGUUUUGACCUGGAAGCAACCUAACUGCUGUCAAAACCCUUCUUUAGUGCCUGAAUCGCACUAUGAAAUUUGUCAGCUUCAACCCAGGGGACUAUAAACAUCAACAUUUUGCCUACCAAUCAUCAAUUUAUCACGGCGUCAAUAUUUCAUUUCAAAUGCUUACAAAACCUAUCUUAUUAAUUGAAAGUGCACAUUGUACUGAAAGCAAAUGUUGAGUUAUUGUUUUUUCCUUCUAAAGCGAUAUUUAUUCGAGAAUAAAUUUACCGACAAUUUGAGACGUUUACUCUAUUUCACUAGUUUUAGGGCAAACCAACCAAAAAGUGGGUACCAGAAACGCUGGAACCAGAAUCACUGAGUGGUAGAUGGAAAAUGUAUGGAGUUUGACAGUCACAAGAGCCCCUUGCUUCAACCCACCUUCACAUGCUUAGUUCGUAAACAAUUAUUUGGUAUCUCUUUCUUACUUGCGUCGUGAAUUGCGAUAUCGUUUCUUUAUUCCUCAGCAGAUUUGCUCUUUUGCAGUGGAAUAAAGAAUUUCGCUAUUAAUUGUUACCAAAUAUUCGUGAAGUCAUUAAUUCAAAACUGCUUCGCAUUGCGAAGAAACUGUGAAAAUGACAUUUCACCUCAUUUGCACGUAAAUCUGCGCCAUCUGUACGUGAAUUUAGAGUUUUUUUUUUUUUUUCAUUUAGAUCGUUUCUAGUUCUGAUAGAAAAAUCUAUCUUUAAAGCUGGAGUAAAAACCGAAUCACCUUUCAAUAUGCACGUCUUGUGAAUAUUUACUUAUUUCAAAGAAACUUUCAACCAUUCAAAAAAUCGUUCAACUUGUUCAACAAAUUUUAAUUUUCGAUUACAUAUUUUGUUGAAAUUGAAAAAAAAAACUUUUCCACACGAACAAGUAAUAUCCAAAUUUCAAAUUUAUACAAUUAUUAAACAUAACAAACAAAAAGGUGAAGUGCACUGUCAGUUAUGGCAUUUGAAACUAACCAAUUUUUGUAUUAGAAACUUAUUGUAACUAUUGCACUGGAGUAGAACAUAAUUUAGAGAAUUCUAAUUCUCAGCAUUUGAGUGUGUUUCCGACAGAAUAUUAUAUUGUUGAAACAAUUGAAGAAAAAAAGAACUUAUUUUACUAGUAAAAGCAGAUUUAAUUUUUAAAAUUUUGCAUCGAGCUUGACUAUUCAUCUUAGAAUGUUUAACAAUCUAUCUUUGAUCUGAAUGAACAAAAAUUUUUAUUAAUGUUCAUUAACUUCACAUUUUACUCGACCCUUUUCGGGGUAAAAAUCAGUAAAAUAAUUUAUCUGUCGGAUAUAUUCGUCUAGUAAACAAUCACCGGCCCUGCUUCCGCUUGAAUAUAAUUCACUGAAACUUUUCCACACAAACAGCUGCUAGUGGACAACUGAACGACAGCAGAAUAUAAAAAUAAAACACAGUCAACAGUAUCUAGGACAACUGACAGACAGAACUAAAGCCAGCCAAUUCAGGAGGAUUCAAUACAGAAAAAAAAGUAAAAAACAGGUACAUAAAAAUAACAACGUAGUCCACGAGGAACGAAGCAAAAAAAACCGCACACAAAUGAACAACAAAUUGCAAACCAGAUGACGACGGUGUCGCCCGGUUUGUGGUGUGCAAAAGAAGUACACGCGGAAGUAAUGGCUGCCCAAGAGCAGUCCAGAGUGGAGAUUAAUUUGAAACUAAAUGCAAAAAUGUAACGAAAGCAGAAGCUGAAGCCCCGACGACGGAAAUUUGUUUCGGUAGUGGCAGAUAGGAACGAGGAACAAAAAAAAAAUCAAAACUUUCCCACAAUCAAACAGAGGGAUAGCAUGUCCGGUGUCCGUUGUUCGUCGCUUGUUUACUGCCGCGUCGAGCGGCUUUCAGUUUGAAUUGAACAAUUACGAAAGCUGCUUUCCUUCCAAGCGAAAGGAUGCCGUGCUCGGAAAACUUAGCAAUUUUUCUGCUAGCUAAAAUCGAUUUUUUUUUUCAAAAGGAAUUGAUACGAUACUUGGUUACAAAGCGAAAUUCAGCUUCUCUUCUGUUACAUUUUUGCAUCCAAUCAAACAAAGGAAUAAUUUAAUCCCAUUCGAAACUCCACAACUCGCCAAUUGACAAACAGAUCGACACAGUCCGCAUCCUUCUGCUGUAAGUACAUGCUUAAUAAGCAAGGCUCCCCGUCUAGAGUAAAAACAGCAGCCAUGAAGAUACGAAAAGUAAACAAGUUUGAGAGGAUAGAAAAAAAUUCGGACAAGAGAUAGCCUCGGUUCGCUUUUGAAUUACUUUAUAUUUUACGCGAACAUAUUUUAUUUUAUGUUUUAUAAUUUAACAAAAAAAAAAUCUAUACGCGUCUCUAGGACGCGUGACUAAACGACGAAAAUAUAUAAAAUUCUAUAUAUACUACAAAACCAUUGUAAAUGUGUUUUUUCUUUUAUAUUAAUUCGCUAUAUUUAUACCGGGCAGCAAUCGAGAUUCAAAGCUAUAUCUAAUAAUGUAGUAUAACAAACAAACAAACAAAACUCUGAGUUUGAAGGUCCCCAAACAAGAGAAUUGAAAGUAUUAAUCCAAUCGUUUCACUUCCGGCGAAAAUUGGUUUUAGAAUGAGAUUGAAUAAUCGCAAAAUUUACGGAAAGAAAAUAAUAAAUCUAGCGCAAAGAAGCUACAGUUCAUAAAUGUGUAAUGAAAAAAACAAGAAUACAGGAAAUUGUUUAAGUUCGUUCCGUUAACGUUUGGUAUGUUCAUCUACAGAGCUGAUCAAUGUAUACAAUGUAAGAGAAAGCAAAUGUCUUACGGCCGGGUUCUGACUCAACAAUUGAUAAACUGAAAGAUUCAAAAAAAAACACUCGUAAAAUAGAAAGCCGCUGUGCUGUGCAGCUAAAACGAAUUUAUACGAUGACAGACGAAGAAGUUAAAGGAAAAAACAACACAGCUCUAAAAUCCGCGAGAGUAGACUGUACGAAAUAAUCGAAAAAUAAACAUGUUUGCUAAACAGAUCAAAAUGGGAUUAGGAUCAGGAGGGCGGUGCGAAGUCAGAAGCUGGAAGUAAUUUAAAUAAAUAAUUUCAAAAUACACA